CUUCACGGGGAGGUCGGUUGGCUGAAUCAAACUUUUGGCCUCCCAAAGCCAUGGCGCCCAGUCGAGGGCCCUUGGAGGAGGCGAUGAAGGCGAAGCUGCGGCAGAUGCAAAGCGCCCGGGACACAGAGCUCACCGAGCUGCAGGAGCAGCUGGCCGCGAAUGUUGCCAAAGCGCAGCAGCGCCAGCAGGAGCUGACCGCAGCAGAGGCGCGGCUCCAAGAUCUCGCGGAGGUGGCGGCAGCGCGACUGUCCUCGGCCAACCAGGGUCACGAGCAGCUGCGCCACAGCGAGGCGCAGGCGGAGCAGUUGAGCAGCAAGCUCGAGCAGGCCUUUGCGGCGCAGGGCCAGCUGGAGACGGAGCUGAUGGAAGCGCAGCGGGCGCUGGAGACCGAGGCGGGCACGGCGCGGCGCUUCUGCGUGCAGGCGCAGGAUGCGGCCGCGGAGCUGCACCAGGUGGAGUUCUCCGCCGCGGAGCUGACGGAAAAAUGCAGUCUGCUGAGAGAUGAAAGGAGCGCAGACGCGCAACAGCAUCAUCAGCAGACAGAGUACCUGAGAGCGGAGCUCCAGGCCGCCCUCGCUACGGUGGAAGAGGCUGAGACCACCACUGAGUCCGCGAUACUUCAGCGCCGGGAAGCGAUGUGGGAAAGAGAGGAGCUGCGAGCUCGCGUCGAGGGUCUGAAGGCCGUCGCUGGGAAGAAGAAGUCCCAGUGUUGUGAGCUACAAUGAGGCGGAGGCAGCUUGGAUCCCGGGAUGGGCCGAUAGUUUGCUCGGUGGAUGCACUGCUUUUGGGGUGGA